GCAAGUUUAUGGGGAAAGUUGAGCACUGCGCGGAGCCGGGCGGUGGCUGGGGCAGGCAGGAGGGCCAGAUCCCGAUUUCCCUGCUGCUCUUCAGGUGGCCUGACGCUGACAGAGGCAAAAAUCUGCUAACUCAGGGGGCAGACUCAACCAGGGCUGCAAGCAGACCUGGGGGAUGACCCCCCGAUCUCGAACCAGCGCCUUCCACGGCUGCACGGCUGUCUCCACCUGUCCCUGCCUCCGUGCCUGGCCCUUGCCCUGUCCCUCGCUAGCAUCACCCUUACCUGUGCCACAUGGGCCCUCUGUCUCCUACCAGGACCAUGCGCCUCUGGGGGCCUCGGAGCCUGGGGGUGGCUCUGGGAGUCUUCAUGACCAUCGGAUUUGCCCUCCAGCUCUGGGGGGGCCCGUUCCAGAGGAGGCUACCAGGCCUGCAGCUCCGACAGCCCUUGGCCCCAUCCCUGGGAUCAGGAUCAGCUGUUUCAUCCUGCCUGCCCCAGCAGCGACUUGUGUUCCUGAAGACGCAUAAAUCUGGGAGCAGCUCUGUGCUGAACCUGCUUCAUCGCUACGGGGACCGACACGGACUGCGCUUCGCCCUCCCUGCCCGCUACCAGUUCGGCUACCCAAGACUUUUCCAGGCUUCUCGGGUCAAAGGCUACCACCCUCAGGGGGGAGGUGCCAAGCCCCUUUUCCACAUCCUUUGUCAUCACAUGAGGUUCAACCUGAAAGAGGUACUUCGGGUCAUGCCUUCUGACAGCUUCUUCUUUUCCAUUGUCCGAGACCCAGCAGCUCUGGCCCGCUCUGCUUUCUCCUACUAUAAAUCCACCUCAUCGGCCUUCCGCAAGGCGCCAUCUUUGGCUGCCUUCCUGGCCAAUCCUCGAGCCUUCUACCGACCUGGGGCCCGUGGGGACCACUAUGCCCGCAACUUGCUCUGGUUUGACUUUGGACUCCCCUUCCCCCCAGAGAUGAAGACCGAGAGAGGGAAUCCUCAUGCACCUAGAGACCCCAACCUCCCACAGCUGAAUGUUUUGCCUUCUGGCACUGGGCCCCGAGCCCACCACCCUCUGGAUCCCAAAGCUGUCUUCCAUCCUGCUCCCACAGUGGCUGGUGGUCACGGCCAGACAUCCAGCCCUGCCUCUUUAGAUUUGAGAUCUUCGUCCUUCCUCCAGUGGAGUCUGGCCUGGCUGGACUCUGUCUUUGAUCUGGUCUUGGUGGCCGAGUACUUUGAUGAGUCGUUGGUUCUACUGGCAGAUGCCCUGUGCUGGGGUCUAGAUGACGUGGUGGGCUUCAUGCACAACGCCCAGGCUGGAGGUGAGCAGGGCAGAGGCGCUGUCAGCAAUGGUGGACUGACCGCUGAGGAUAGGCAGCAGACUGCACGGGCCCGAGCCUGGAACCACUUGGACUGGGCUCUCUACGUUCACUUCAACCACAGCCUGUGGGCACGGAUAAAUCAAUACGGCCAGAGCCGGCUGGAGAGUGCUGUGGCACAGCUCCGGGCUCGCCGAGAGGCCCUGGCUAAACAUUGUCUAGAGGGGGGAGAGGCUUUAGACCCCAAAUAUAUCACUGACCGACGGUUCCGUCCUUUCCAGUUUGGGUCAGGUAAGGUUUUGGGCUAUGUACUUCGGAGUGGACUGAGUGCCGCAGACCAGGAGGAGUGUGAGCGCCUGGCUACCCCUGAGCUACAGUACAAGGACAAGCUAGAUGCCAAGCAGUUUCCCCCAACAGUCUCUCUGCCCCUUAAAACUCCAAGGAUACUCUCCCCCCAGGCAUCAGACCAGUCUUAGGCUGAAGAGCAGUGAAGCCACGAGGGCACACAUAAUUGAAUAUGGGGCAGCCAGAUGCCAUUUCUGCUUCCCCCGAAAGCAUGUUAGUGCCCUAGAGGUUGAAUGAAACCUUGCACGGACGUGGGCACCAAGUCUUCCAGCCUGUAUCAAGGCAUUCCAGGCAUUCAGCCCCUUGCAAUACUCCCUCCCUGCCUGUUUUGUCCCUUCCCUUUUCCAACCCCCUGGCAGGUCCUGAUAGCACUCUCAAAGAUCCUCCGGAGGAGCAAAUCAUGGAGUAAGCCAGGAAAAAAUGCAUCCAUUUCUCUGAGUUAUUUGGUUCUGGACUAUGCCCAUUUCACUGUGAAAUGUUUGUUGAAUGAAUAAAUAAUUUGAGCCU